AUGGCGUCUCGCCGGCUGGCGCUGGCGGCUAUCGCCUCGACGUCGUCGGUCACCACCACAGCGACGACGACGGCGACGAGGACGACGGCGAUGCUGCGCUCGCUCUCGACGACGGCGCCCGUGCGCUCCGACCGCGGCGGCGAGAGCGACAGCACGUCGGCGCUCGACUACAAGCUGGCGCACCGCCUGCGCAAGCUUCCUCCGCUGCCCUCGCUCGAGCCGCCGUCGCUGGAUGCGGGCGAGGCCGUGUCCAACAUCCUGUACAACACGCCUCCCCCGUCGCGCCAGCCGUUUAAGCGGCACAUCCUCAACACGCUGGUGCAAAACGAGCCCGGCGUGCUGUCGCGCGUGGCGGGCACGCUGGCCGGGCGCGGCUUCAACAUCGACUCGCUCGUCGUGUGCGGCACCGAGAUCAAGGACCUGUCGCGCAUGUGCAUCGUGCUGCGCGGCCAGGACGGCGUCGUGGAGCAGGCCCGCCGCCAGCUCGAGGACCUCGUCCCCGUCUGGGCCGUCCUCGACUACACCAACACCAAGGUCAUCGAGCGCGAACUCAUGCUCGUCAAGGUGUCCAUCCUCGGCCCAGAGUACUUUGAAGAGUCCCAGAUCGGUCCCGUCCCGCCCGAGCUCCUCGUCGAGCGCGAGGCCGGCAAGGGCCAGCAGCAGCAGCAGCACGGCGGCGCCCUGCCCCUCACGCCCACCGAGGCCCUCCGGGUCAAGAGCGACAAUAUGCGCAGCGUCAUUGCCCUCGCCGAGCAGUUCCGCGGCAGGGUCGUCGACGUCAGCUCCUCGAGCGUCAUUGUCGAGGUGAGCGGCAAGAGCUCCCGCUGCGACGCCUUCCUCAAGCUCGUCCGUCCCUUUGGCGUCCUCGAGUGCGCUCGUUCCGGCACCAUGGUCCUGCCAAGAUCACCCAUCACCUCGUCCUGGUCGGGCAACGACGAGCUGUUCGAGGAGGAGAUCGCAGACAUCGACGCCGGCGCCCUCCCUCCGGGCUAA